UAUUAUUUAUGUUUUAAUAGAGUUUUACGACUAUUAUUGCAUUCAUUGUUCAGUUAUUUUGUUAUCAUUUUGUGACAAAACGUCUUCAUUUGUGUCCAUCUGAACUGUGGACCAGUUGCCAUGAGUUUACUCGAGAGUAUCCCUCAAUUGAAUCAAUUGCUGGACGUCUGGCAGAAAGACAACAGGACUUCGGAACAAGUGAUUCAUGUCCUCAACAAAAUUUCAGAACUCGUGGAGAAGGAGACGGAGGCGUACCUGAAGAUGGAUCCGGACCCCUUCGACGACCGCCACCCCUCCCGCGCCCGACCCGACUGUUCCCUCGGACUCGUCCUCAAGACGCUCUUCAGGAACGAUGACUUCAUGAAUAAAUUAGUCAACGACUAUGUGAUGCAUAGGGACGACAAAGACCUGCACAUCGCUGCCUGUCGUCUAAUGUUAGACAUAUUGCCCGGUUUGGAGACAUCAGUCGUCUUCAAUGAAACGGAGGGUUUAGUGCAGCGACUCUUCCAAUGGGCCGAAAGCGCUUCGGAUCCGUUGCAGUCAUACGCGACGGGACUAUUGGCGGCUGCGAUGGAAGUGCAGGACAUCGCCACCAACUCUAAGGACCAAAACGCCAGACUUCUGCCAAUUAUGUUGAAGAGACUGAAAGAGUUGCGGAAUAAGAGCAUUGAGACCAACGAAAACCAUUUGAAUGACCGGCCAUUCCUUCACUUGAAUAACAACAGUUUGAGUCCAAAGAAGUGUAUUUCGAAAUCCAAAGCAGAUUUGAGUGACAUUUCCAGUGAAUCUCCGAACAAAAGCAAACGAACCCUUCAGUCGAGUUCUCCGGAUCUGAACAAACGGCGCCGCCUUUCGAGUCCAAUCAGUUUCUCAGCGCUGAGUCCGUCGACGUAUAACAGCGAGUGCUCUAACAGUAGUUGGGCUGAAGUGGAGCCCUAUAUGAUUGGCUUCUCGAAAGUGCAUCCCUUGACCGAAGAGAUGAAACAGAGGUUUAUAUUACAAUAUCUCACACCAAUGGGUGACUAUCAGGAAAUGCUGUGUUUUGUGUUCGAGCACAACGCUCUCUCACUGAUCAUGCAUUACAUCGACUUAACCAAAAACAGAGACAUUAGACUCGCUUUCGACGCCCUCAAGUAUUUGGCAUCUCUUUUAUGUCAUAAGAAGUUUUCAUUAGAAUUUUUAAACGCCAGAGGAUUAGAGCAAUUACUUCAGAUAUACCGGCCCUCUGUUGCGGCCACUGGUGUCUCCAUUUGUCUAUACUAUUUAGCAUAUAAUGAGGACGCAAUGGAAAAGAUCUGUCUGUUGCCGAAACACGUACUCAACGAUUUGGUGGCCUAUGCCUUAUGGCUGCUCGAGUGCUCCCACGACUCGAGUCGAUGUCACGCCACUAUGUUUUUUAGUCUCAGUUUUUCGUUUCGUAUGAUUCUUGAGCUGUUUGAUAGUCAGGACGGACUCAGAAAACUUCUAAAUGUGAUAUUUCUUUUGGACAUCUUUUCUGACGAAACGGAAUACACUGAAGACGAGUUGUUCACCAAAAGGCAAAACGCACGGCACGUAUGCGUUGCACUCAAGCGCUACUACGAGGCGCACCUUCUGGUCGAGGCUGAGAUCCUGCGCCGAUCCACGUCUUACUCCAGCUUUGAGUCCACUUCGAAGGACUCGAUGGCCACUAAUGUUCCGCCCUAUAAGUCGACGCGAUAUAGUUAUGACAUAAUUAUGGAAAGGGUUGAGACUCUGCUCGAACUGAUGCCCAUUAGAAUCAAUUGGAAACCAGUCGACGAACUCUUGAAGUUAAGUGGAGUUAAGCUUUUGAUUCAACUCAUUGCCGUCUCUUACGACUGGAACUUCACGGGAAAGGCUGAGGCAGUGAGAAGUGCAUUGGAUGUGCUGGUCGUGUGCAGCGUUACCCCAAAGUUCCAGAACGUGUUGUGUGAGAACGUGCCCGUCGGGGAUGACAACCAAAACACUGUUGGCAUUAGGAUAAUAUUAGCUGCGGCUGAGGGUGAGAUAGUGGCCGACCCUGACUGUCAGCGCUCUGCCCUUAAUGUUAUAGUAAACUGCGUUUGCGGGCCAUUGAGUCGAAUCGGCGGCUCUAUCGCUCGUCUGUGCGGCGGAAGUGCUAAGAAGAGGUCGUUCAGGAGUGGAGAGGAUUUGUUGACCAAAAUGUGGAAUUGUGUCCGAAGUAAUAAUGGGAUUAUGAUUCUGUUGAACCUAUUGAUGGUUAAGACACCCAUCACUGACGCCGACUCUAUAAGAGCUCUUAGUUGUAAAGCUUUGUGUGGAUUAGCUCGCAGUGAAACAGUGAAACAAAUCAUUUCAAAACUACCACUUUUCACAAACGGACAAAUCCAGGGACUUAUGAAAGAGCCUAUACUUCAGGACAAGAGAACAGAACACAUAAAGUUUUGCAAGCAUUGCAUCGAACUUAUUGAGAGAGUGACCGGCGCUCCCGUGGCCACCAAUUUAGAGACUUCUAUUGCAAACAUCAAUAAAGCAGAAGUGGUGGCGCAGACGAGGAUUGAGUUCAAUGAGAAGGAGUUAUUACAACUCAUUUACCAUCACUUAAUGAAAAAGGGUUUAUCAAAAACGGCUCAAUUACUGCACACAGAAGCAGAACUUCCGGCCUCUGGUUCUAAUCGAGCUAUUAGUCUAUGGCAAACGACACCCCUUUCCCUCAAUCGAGUCUCACGUCCAAUAUCGACGGCUCCAUUUCCCAACAGUUUGUCCACCUCUUCCCCCGUCAGCAGUGCGACGCUCAACAAUACUAUGACUCCCGUCGUGUCUGCAAAUACCUUAUCCUCGCCUUCUAGUCUGCAGAAUGCGAACUCCCUGUCCCCCAGUGUUCCCAUUCGUAUACAUCGACCUAAUCCUAGCAAAAGUUCGGCCAAAAGUCUAAGCGUCAGAAAACUUCAGUCAACGACUCAUCCGUCGUCCCCUAUAAUCAAACGGCUGAACGAACACUCGAGUCAACCACAAGCCGUGUCUUCCAUAUCAUUGGACUCAAUAGUAACGGAAUAUCUCCGUAAACAACACGCGCUCUGCAAGAACCCAGUCGUCACUUGUCCUCCAUUUGAUUUGUUUACUCCUCAUCGAUGUCCGGAACCAUUGAACAGAGAUUCGGCGCCAAUCAAUAUGACUACUCGUCUUCAAAGGCGAUCUAUAUUUCCUCGCUUUGGAGGUUUGAAUGGCUCUAAAAUGGACCGCAAAUUCAUUUACAGCCGAUUCCGACCCAUCCGUUCGUAUAGAGACCCAGAAUCGUCCAGUAGUUUCUCGAGCUGUGCUUUUUCGUAUGUCGAUCAGUUCCUCUUUUUAGGCACAUUAAGCGGUGAAUUGGCGGCUUUCAACCUCCACAGCGGCACUCUCGAAGCCACCUAUUCUUGUCACGAAUCCGAGAUUACUCACAUCGAGCCCUCACGAGACGGCAAACUUAUCCUCACGUCAUCGCUAUGGCGACAACCAUUGUCUGCGUUAUGGACUUUCACUGAUGUUUUUGAAAUGAAACUCCCAUUCCGUGAUGACUAUUACGUAGAGUUUGGUAAACAAAGUCAGGACAGAGUGUUGGGAACUAAAGACUUCGCCGCUCACUUGUAUGACUUACCGACCGGUAAAAUGGUUCACACCUAUCAGGACGAGAACCUAUCGAACCGUUACGUGAAAAAUAGGGCCACUUUUCACCCGUCAGAUGAUCUCAUACUUAACGAUGGAGUUCUGUGGGACACUCGCAGUGCCACUCCUGUCCACAAGUUUGACAAAUUUAAUGAACACAUUAAUGGAGUAUUUCAUCCGAACGGUCAGGAAAUCCUUUCCAACUCAGAAAUCUUCUGUAAGGUAGACAACUUCUGUCACGCCGUCUUCGAAGAGGAGAACUCUGAAGAAGAGGACCAAUCGAAGAGUCCUUACGGCUCGUCGUUCCGUACGUUCGACGCCUACGACUACUCGAGUAUCGCCACCAUUGACGUGAAGCGCAGUAUCUAUGACUUGGCGGUAGACCCGGGCGACUGUUACAUAGCUCUGGUCGAGAAUCAGAACAAUAGGGACGCCUUCGCCAACGAAUCCGUGGCCAGACUUUUCGAAAUCGGAAGACAUAAAGAAGACGACGACGAGGAGGACGACGAAGACGAUGACGACGAGGAGAACGAUGUGGCGGAUGAGGACACCGAUGAGGACGACAACAUCGACAACACAGAGGACUUCGAUCUCGAACCCGAUGGAGACGACGACGAGUCCGGCGACGAUGAGAGUGACGGCGAUCACAGCAAUGACUCGGAUUCGGGCGAAUCGGACGGUUUGGACGAUGCGAUGCUUAUGCUGUCCGACCACUCGAGUGAUGACGAAAUCGUGUAUCAGUUAAACGAUGAAUAG